ACUCGCCUUCAAAGAUCUCUAUGAUUAUUGCAAUGGAGUGGUGGAUUCUCUACCCAAAAGGCAACACGGCAGAAGUUUUCUGGGAAGCUCAGGAAGACCUAUGGAUCCCAACUUCCUUGGGACUUUUGGGAAGAAUUUGGGAUUCGGUAGGAUCCAUGCAGUGAGAGCUCCUCUGCUUGGACCUGUUUGGCUGAUCAGGCUCUCCAGAGUCCAAACCUCUUUCUCUUUUAUGUACGGCCAGUAUUUGGAGGAGGCCAAGAGGUCAGACCGUGAAUGAGUCGCAAGAGCCUUCAGCUUCAACACUAACGAACUGAGGGAUGAGUACAGGCAGAGUCAACUCUUACAGCAUUGUAUCUUCUGAGGAAGACGGGUUGACUUUAACCACCAUGCCUGGAGUGAAUGGCUUUGGCAACGGCAAGAUCCACACAAAGAGAAAAUGCCGGAACCGGUUUGUGAAGAAGAAUGGCCAGUGCAAUGUUGAGUUUACCAACAUGGAUGACAAACCACAAAGGUAUAUUGCGGACAUGUUCACAACGUGUGUGGACAUCCGUUGGAGGUAUAUGUUAUUACUCUUCUCCCUUGCCUUUUUGGUCUCCUGGUUGUUAUUUGGUCUCAUUUUUUGGCUGAUAGCACUUGUACACGGAGAUCUGGAAAAGCCGACGGCUGAUGAAACCUUCACACCUUGCCUGCUGCAAGUGAAUGGCUUUGUUGCUGCUUUCCUGUUCUCCAUCGAAACUCAGACAACUAUCGGCUACGGGUUCCGUUGUGUGACGGAGGAGUGCCCGCUAGCUGUCUUCAUGGUGGUCCUCCAAUCCAUUGUGGGGUGUAUAAUAGACUCUUUCAUGAUUGGUGCAAUCAUGGCAAAAAUGGCUAGGCCCAAGAAAAGGGCUGAAACCUUACUCUUCAGCCAUCAUGCUGUCAUCGCCAUGAGAGAUGGCAAGCUUUGUCUGAUGUGGAGGGUGGGUAAUCUUCGAAAGAGCCACAUUGUUGAAGCUCAUGUACGAGCUCAGCUAAUUAAGCCCCGCAUCACUGAGGAAGGGGAAUACAUCCCACUUGACCAAAUAGAUAUUGAUGUUGGGUUUGAUAAAGGCUUGGACCGUAUAUUCUUGGUUUCUCCUCUCACCAUCCUCCAUGAAAUCAAUGAAGAAAGCCCACUGUUUGGGAUCGGCCGGCAGGAUUUGGAAAACGAUGAUUUUGAAAUCGUGGUCAUCCUGGAAGGUAUGGUGGAAGCCACUGCCAUGACGACCCAAGCCCGGAGCUCCUACUUGUCCAGCGAGAUCCUCUGGGGCCACCGUUUUGAACCCGUCUUGUUUGAGGAGAAAAACCAAUACAAAGUGGACUACUCGCACUUCCACAAGACCUACGAGGUCCCGUCAACCCCCUGCUGCAGUGCCAAGGACUUGAUGGAAAAUAAAUUUCUCCUUCCAAGCACCAACUCCUUCUGUUAUGAGAAUGAACUGGCCUUCAUAAGCCGUGAUGAAGAGGAGGAGGAGGAGGAAGAUGACGACAGUAGGGGCUUGGACGAUCCAAAUUCAGACACUCAACCUGAAUUCGACAGACUUCAGGCUACAGUUGCCCUUGAUCAAAGGUCUUACAGAAGGGAAUCAGAAAUAUGACCCGGGGCCCUGUGACUGUUUCCUGAGGCAACUUUCCCCUGUGUUCCUCUCCCCCUACUAAAAAUAAAAUAAAAUAAAAUUAUGCAGAACAA